AUGAUACGCAAUGAGUCAAGUAGCGCGCCUUGUGGUCACGUGACUGGCUGUUCACGUGACCACGACGAGGUGCACGAUGAUUGGUCGAGCGGCGGGCGAACGAUCGCAUAUAGAGUGGCGCGAGACAAAAGUCGUAGUGCAAAGCGUCAGCGUUCAGCGAUGAAUCAUUCAUCGCGUGUGGUUCAUCAUAACAAUCGUACUAAGCCGAGCUCCAAAAUAAAUUUUCGAUCGGUUAAACGAUAUCAAAACAAGUCCAUCGUGAGCCAAUUAGAAAAACAUUGUUUUCCUUACACUACCAAUGAUAUGGUCGAUGUUCCAAUAUUUAUUCCGUGCCUUUGGAAACUUCUCGAAACAUUUAAUUACAUGAUACAAGGUUUAAGUUAGGUUCAUCGGGCAAAUUUAAAUGUCAAAACUUUUGGGAUAUAAAGGAUCGAAAUAAACUCUGGAAAAUUUAUUCGUUUCUGCUCCAUUUUACAGGAAAUCGCGGAAAAAGGAACAAAAACAAUUUUCAUUUUCUUAUUUAAUCAAUAAGUGUAUUCAACUAACUGCACUAAACAAUCACAAAAACAAUGUUUAGCUACAAUAGUCAAUGCUCAAUAUAAUAUUUGAAUUUUGCUGUAAAAAAUCAUUUUGAACGAUAUACUCGUUAAAUAAAUAAUAUAGAUGAUAUUGUAAGGUAAUAAAAUAUGAAUGAAUAACACGAUGAAAUAAACAAGUGUAAGAAUUUCUGUUUCUUGUUUCGCGAUUUUCUCCAAAACGGAGCAAAAACGAGCAAACUUCAAACUUCUUCCUUGGUUUAUCAGUUCGCCACACACUCCGCUGCCCGAAGUUUUAGCAUUUCAAUUCGGGAUAUCUCGUAUAAUAUAUGCACAGUUAUAUAAUAACAAGUAUACUCUGUAUUAAAGAAAGAUAGACUUAUAGAUGGGUAAAAUCUUUCCAGAACGCAACAUUGGAACAUUGAAAUAGGAAUACAUAAUAACACCAUUAAAUUGAGUAUAACAUUAGAAACAUAGAUGGUUUAUAAAUUUUAUUUAUGAAUAAAAAGUUGCUAAUUUCUUGCAGUUUAGAUUUUUAAUAUCUUUCAUUUUUAGGAGACUUCUAACGUUUGGGUAUUGUAAUACAUAUACAUAUAUAUAAUAUUAACACACACAGAAUAUAAAAUACACAUUGAAUGUAACAGUAGAAAAUGUGAAUUAAAAGAGAUAGAAUCAUUCGUAAAAAUAAGAUCUCAAGAUUUUCCUAUGAAUUUGAUCAAUAAACUUUUCACCCCAUAAUACACAGUUGCAUGUAUAUUUGUAAACGGACUUAACUUUCCUCGUAGUGGGCAUUUUCGUGCCUGAAUACUGCCAUCUUACCAUAAAACUUGCCAAAUCAAGAAGUGCACCGGUCUGCCGGUUGUUUUAUACAGUUUUAUGUGAAAAGUUGCACGCGGUAUGGUCGUAUGCACAAAUACUCGUUUGCUCUUCCUUCUUGGCACAUGUUUGCUUUAUUUUCAUUGCACAGUUCGUGUCUUAAUAUCGCGUAUGAAUUAAACUUGCAUGCUUUAAACCUUGAUUAUAUUAUUGCAAUAUUCUCUUGCAUACUUCGAAAAUUCAAGCCUCAUUCGAGCAGUUCCGUUGCUACUUUUUUGCAGAGGAAUUUCCUUGGAUUAUUAAAUUUUAACCACAGGACGUAAUUUAACACAGAUAAAAGUAACCUAAUGGUAUAAGUAUUAUGGAGGAUUAUCUGUCUAAACGACGAUAUCUUUUACGAAAUGUUCUAGUAUCUUAGAAUAUUUUAUGAUAAGUUUGUUACAUUAUUUUAUAAUUGAUGCGAUUUUUCUGAGAAGUCAAGGCAACAGAUAAAGGAUUAGAAUAGAAAAUAUAAUAGAAAGUUGACAAAUAAUUCUAGAGAACAAAGAAAAUUACACUAUUUACACAUAAUUAAUCAUGUUGAUAAUUACCAACAGAUAUUUUCAUUUAAUAUAUAUGCCGAAAGAAGUCGAAUGAUAAUUUAUAAUGUCAGUUUCAAACAAAUUCAUACUUAUUUAUGUAAAUGCCAGUUAAAAUUCGUUUAUUGCACACAUCGAAAGUUAAAAUAAAAAUUUGGUAUUUCAGUGGAUCAAAGUUCAAAAUUAAAAAAUUAAGAAAUUCAAUCAAGUAUCCAGCUUUUUUUUUUUUAAACUUUCCGACGUUCUGAGAGAAUCGGUUCAAGAUAUUUUGAAUUUUUUCAACUGAUUCAAAAGACCUCAUACUCUUGAAAGCUAUCUUUUAAGACUACCUUCGAGGGUUACCAUUGAAAACAAGUUGUCUUGACUCACAGUCACGGUUGCAAUCCAAAUCGAAUACGUACAAUUUUUACAAUUCUUUAAUUUCAUGAAUUCGAUUUGUUUUCAAUGUUGUUCUGUGUCCACUUGUAUUUAUUUUAAGGUAAAACUUAGGUAAAGUAAUGUAGAUCGAUAAAAUUCAAUGUUUCUUCUUCAUUUAUUUAUUUAUUAUUAUAAUAUAAUUUAUUUUUUAUAACUUUUUAAGUAUUCGAUAA